ACGUAACGUCGCAGCGUCGGUGGGAGCAGCGGUGACAGCAGCGGAUCGGGGCCGAAGAUAAACAAAACAAAACGGACGAAAAAGAGCGAAAACCACGCGGAGGUCUGCGUCGAUUUCUCCUCCGCGUCAUGCGUAACGUUGUUCUGACGCGUUUCCACUUCCGCUAACGCAGCAACGCGAGGGCGCGCACCUGUGAGGCCAAAGAGGGUCACCGAGCUAACGUGUGCUAGCUUAGCAGGGGCUAGCCACCUGGAGCAGCCAUGUCGUCCCCCUCGUCCUCCUCCAGGCGCCAGUGGUGCUACCUGUGCGACCUGCCCAAGAUGCCCUGGACCGUGGUGUGGGACUUCAGCGAGGUGGUGUGCCGCGGCUGCGUCAACUACGAGGGGGCGAACCAGAUCGAGUUCCUCAUCGCGAGCGCCCGGCAGCUGAAGCGCAGCCACGGGAUGCAGGACGGCAGCGUCCGGUCACCGGGUCCCUCGCCCAACAAGCACGGGUCCACCGGGCGGGCGGAGGCGGCGGGAGACGGAGGCAGGCCCCACGCGGACCGCUUCGACCGGGGGGGCAGAGGAGAGGGCGCCGGGGCGGCUGUUCGCGUGCCGCCCAACGGGCUGCACCGCGACGGGCAGCCGCCUCCGGAGCUGAACCGCCAGAGCCCCAGCGGCAGCCGGAGACCCAUGCUGGGAGCUGCCAUCCCUCCCAGUCUGGUGACGAGCAUCGCAGGGAUCCCCCACGGGCUGCUCGCGGGCAUGCCGACGGGGCUCACCGCCAGGACAGCCCCCAUGAGCAGCACCAUGAUCUUCCCCGCCCCGGUGCUGGCCGAGAUGAGCCGCAGGCAGCUGGGCAUAGGGAUGGGGAUCGCCCCCUUUAUCACCCCGGAGCUGGAGCGGGAGCUCAGCUCGUCCCAGAAUCAGCCCAAGACCCAGACCCAGGUCCACACUGUGGCCGGCAGCAGCAAAAGCACAGGCCUCCCCUCCUCGUCCUCCUCCAUGGCGGGAGGUGUGAGCCAGACGAGCCCCAAGCCGGCCUCGUCUCCAGCCAGGCAGCCGCGCCCCCUCACCUCCAGGUCCGGGGGGGAGCUCCUGGGCUCCAGCUCCUCAGCAGAGGCGGCCACCACAGCUGCGGCGUUACCCCACAGUGGAGCCUCCGAGCUGGGAUCAGCGUCCACCAGCAACACCCUUUCUACAGGAAACACUCUGUCCUGCACCUUGUGUCACGAGCGGCUGGAGGACACACACUUUGUCCAGUGUCCAUCAGUGCCAGGCCACAGGUUCUGCUUCCCGUGCACCAGGGUGUACAUCCAGAGCCGGAGGGGAGAUGGGGAGGUGUACUGCCCCAGUGGAGAGCGCUGUCCGUUGGAUAACUCUCCCAACAGCCCCCCUUGGGCCUUCAUGCAGGGAGAGGUCUCCACGAUACUGGGCACUGGUGGAGCAGGACCUGCAGCAGCUCCUGCACCCGGAGCCGGGUCAGGGCCCGGACCUGCAGCUGCCAAUACGUCCGGGGCAGGGAGUGGAGGCGGAUCUGGGAAUGGAGACAUCUCUGUUAAGAAAGAGAGAGAGACGUGAUGGUGAUUUCCAUGGAAACCAAGACCCAACACAGCAACAGGCAGAGUCGUAUCCCACACCACAAGGAGAAGUCUGACCCGGACCUCAGACAUCCAGAGGAGUAAACACAGCGACUCACAGUAAAACUCCACUACACAGGUCUUAACUCCACCUACUCACACCCCCCACUGGUUCAGACUGAAGUUGCAAAGGCUGCCUUCACAAAUUGACAUUACUGCUUUUUAUUAUUUUUUUAUUUUCUAAACAAAGGUCGACUUUGCCAACUUCUAAUGUAAAUUCUGAUAUAAUGAGAAUGUGAAAUCAAAUUGAAUUUAUCACAUCAAUUGUCUCAGUGCAUCCUUGACAUCCUGAGCUUCCCCCCUCUGGAAAAACAAUCUCAAGUCAAAUCUUUAUUCCAGAAAACAGCAGAGAUCUUUAUCGAGACAGUGAAUGUGUAACUGAGUAUAUCUGUUAAAAAGGCCAUUCAUCAUCAUCACCAUGUACGGCUGGAAUCACAUAUUCUGGACCAAUCAACAACUGAACAGUGGCUACUUCUGUAGAGUUCACAGUAGCUGGUUCAAACAGGUGAUUGACUUCAGCAGCUUUCAGCAAGAUGUCUCCCUUUUCUACAAAAAAAAAAAAGAAAAUCUUCAAGAUGCACUUUAAGAAGCAAACAUCAACGAGACUACAACACAGCUGAUGUCUCAAUUUGUCUUUCUAUGGCCACACAUUCAUUAAUCUGUACUGGUUUUCACAUAUGAACUCCAGACAUUGUCCGAUUUUCACGACUGCAGCACACAACUGGAAACUGUUUGUGUGAGACGCGUUCACGUGUUGAAAUUAUUCGUUGGCGUUCAGGAGGCAGGAUGUUAAUGUCAUGAAUGUGUCUGCUCGCCCGCUGUGAUUCCUUUUAGACAAUCCCCUGCUCUAUUCACACAUCGACUCGAUCAGACAUUAGAUUUUAUGUUCUGUGACCUUUGCUGUCAUGCAUACACCUCCUCCAGGUAAUGUCUAGAAAGGUUCAGGGCGUUCGUGCAUGUGUCAAAGCAGCCCUGAGCUGGUAUUGGUUUUGUUUGCCCACGGUAGCUAGCUCUAACUGCGUACUGUAGCUUGUUGGUGAUAUUUUCUGUUUCAUAUAACCUUUCCCCAGACUCACACUAAGUAGCCAUUGUCCAGUGUUAGUUGUUAACGGUUCAUUCAAUAUUGUGUUUGCACGAGAAAGCACAAAAUCAGUUCCAACACAAACAUUAAAAAUGCAGUAGCCACGGUUGUUGUGUAUCUUUUCCCUCGUUGAUGAACAAACUGACUCCGACUGUUCGGAACAAGUCAGAAAUGAUCUGUCUCAGACAAAAAGACAUUUUUUUAAAAAAACAUUUGAGCUUAACUGACAAGAAAUUGACAGCAGCGACCACAGCGUGUAUCUGAAACGCAGAUGAGACUGUUUUAUGACUGAAUCCAUGUCCUGGUGUACAAUCAUUUUUUCUUUUUUCAAACUAAUUGAACAAAAAAUACUCCACUAAAACAUGACCUGCUCGUGCAAACCCACUCGAGCUGGGGACAGGAAAAGCCAGUUUGUCUUUGCGGUUGCUUUUCGUCCACUUUACGUGAAGCUGACUUUGACCCGGAGAGACGAGAAUGUUUGCUGAGCAGAAACAAGCGGUUUGUCUGUUGGAGCAUCGAGCAGCGACAGAAUCUCUGUGUUUGACUGUAUUUCAUUCAACGUUGCUUUCAUAUAAGAUGCAGCCCGGCCUCCGCUUUACCCCGAAUGUAUAUGAAGAUAUCUAUUGAUAGACCUAGGACUAUAUUUUUUACUAGAAUAUUAAAUGUUCUAUACUGUAUAGACCUAUAAUAGUAUGUAUGUGCAAUCCUUAGUCAUAGUAUAUGCAACAGUUUGGAAAUGUAAUUAAAAAACGACUGCGUAUCAUUUCUUAAACCCUUUGUUUUUUAAAGGGAGAACCCACCUAAAAAGAUUUAAUAUCAGUUUCUCUCAAACAAGAAAAACUUCUAUUGAAUCAAUAUUCAUAAGAACAUUUUAAGUUUUAAUCUUAAACAAAGUUUGUUUAGUCUGCUUUCCUUUCAUACUCAAUAAUUACAGAUGUUCCAAUACUAUUUUUCCUUUCCUGAUACCGAUUCUGAUACCUCAAAAUAUAUAUAUAUAAAAUGUACUUUAAAAGCUGUAUGAUACUAACCAAGAACUGAAAAAGCACACAGAUGAGUAAAUAUAGGAUUACUUACGAUUACUUGCUUUGAAUAUCUGGUAAAGUGCACUUCCAGCGUGGAAUAUUUCCUAAUUGUUGACAUAUUAUCUCGCUCCACUACAUCACUGGAAAUCACUUUUUCUCGCAGCUCAAAAACAUUUCAGCAGUAACAGUACGUCGCAGCUGCUGUUCUGGAGCCACCAAGAGAUAAUAUUACGAGAAAAAGUCAUAAUUUCAUGAGAAUUAAGUCGUAAUUUUACAUGAUCAGAGGCACUUCUGAUGCUGGUAUUGGGAACAUCUCUAUCAGUAAUAUCAAUGACCACAGACGUACUUCUAAUCCUGUUUGUCACAUUAAAACAGACACAUUACACAUUAAGAGAUUUAAUUUCCUAAAUUGAACAAUCCAACAUAUCAAUCUCCACAGAUUAGCAUGGAUUAGUUUUUUGGUGGUUUCUCUCUUUAUGUGCCGUGUGUACUCGCCCGUACAGACGCACAAACAAACCAAAGGUCAUUUUAUGUCCAAACGGAUGUUUCUGGAUGUAAAUGUUUUAUGAUAAAAUAUAUAUAUUGCUAUAUUUCUUGGCCAGGUCUUCACCGGUUCCCUUCAUCAAGCCGGUACAGUACACGGGCCGAUGCAGGUCGACUGUACUUUUGGGAUUUUACAUAUAAAAGUCUACAGUAUUCAGCAGGAACCUAAUAUAGGCCUUCGAUACUGAGAGAAUAUCCCACUGAUCAGGUGUGUCGUAGAGAAAUGUCCUUUGAAGAAGUGGAAUUUAAGUUUAAUAUGCACUGAUACAUCAUGCAAUCCCUUGUUAAGUGCCUUUUUAAAAUGUUUACCGUCUCUGUGUGUGUGUGUGUGUGUGUGCGUGCGCGUGUGCGUGUGUGUGUGUCUGGGAACCUCAGGGGAAGUAGAGUGCAAUGGCUUUUUUAUUGUCUCGUCAAUGAUUAACCUGAAUCUGUUUCCCUUCAAUCGCCAUCAGACGGCUUUUGCUUUUAUCUGAAGCCUUUGUAAAAGUAUGAAGGCCAUCCUUUGUUUGGAUACGGCUCUCUCUCUCUCUCUCUCUCUCUCUCUCUCUUUCUGUUUCUUUCUGUUUCUUUUCAUUUGUUAUUUUUAGAUCUGUUGGUUUUAAUGUAGCUUCAUGUACAAAAUAGAAACCAGGAAUAAAUGGGAUGGAAACUUG